CAAUCCAACCCUCAGUAAUUGGUUAGCUAACCAUCUGACGCCUCCUUUUCCAAGAAAGUAUACAUCGAUGGAGGGAGAGAUGUGAAAUAGGAGUUGCAGCAUGUUUAGCCCAUCCAAACUGCGACAGCAUAACUCGUUGCCUAACUCUCCAUGUUCUUUAAGAUCUCAUCAUCAUCACCACCAUAGUUCAUGUGGGCGGGGCAAGCUAGUGGAAGUACCCCUUUGGUUUCAUGGUCUAAUGGAGCGUAAGGUGGCUGAGGAACUACUACUCAAGAGUCCUUUCAGAGGUCAUACCAGUGGCAAAGAAGGAUUGUUUUUAGUAAGACAAAGCAGUAAUAGAGGAGGACAUUUUGUGAUAUCUGUGUGUACCAGAAACCAUUGCAAUCAUUACCUGAUCGAGACCAUUGAAUCAAUGUUCUACGUGAGGAGAGAUCGGAGUGAGGACAGGGGGCGAGAUAUCCAGGCUUGUGAUUUAAGAAACCUUAUUCAGUGCUAUAGAACAACUCCUCUUGAUGAGUCAGGUCUGGUUCUUAAAGAACCCUUACUUCGAACAACUCCGGUUACGAUCACUACAUCUCUGUUGCCCUUACCUCAGCCUAGAGACAAUCAUAAUUAUAUCCCUCUUCAUGUAGAACACAAGGAGUAUGUAGCAAACCAGGAUUAUGCUGCUCCUGAUCCAGUUAUGCUCUCAUUCUGUGAAGGUGAACUCCUUACAGUUUUACAGAAAGACAACAAGAAUUGGUGGUUUGGACAUAAUGACCGUAGGGAACUGGGUUACAUCCCAGCUGCUCUGCUUAGGAGCUUGACUGAGUCACAACCUACAGAGAAAAGUGCCUUUUUGAAUGCAGGGUAUGUUGGCAAUGAGGAAGCAACAAAGACUGAUGCUGGCAUAGAUACAUCAUCCUUACCGCUCACAGACUGUAAUUCAAACUUUAUGAGUGAGAACCAGAACAAAGGUAACAUUCAUAUGCAGAGGAUACACACAGUGCCAUGUGGCCUCACAUUGCGAAACUGUGGAAAUGAGGAUAUUUACGUUUCUAGUGAAUACAUCACAAGUUGCCUCGAGAACAGAGAUCGAUGGAUGUCUCCAGAACUACCAAGACUGGGGGUCCUACGGUGUGUCUCUCCCAGGCAGUUGCAAAGACAUUUAUCAGAACCAACAGCAUGGAUUGACUUCUCUGUCAAACCUGAAAGGUUGAUUGAUGUAGAGCCACAAGAUCUGAUGCACUUCAGUGACAUGUCACCAGAUGCUUCACCAACGCAUACAUUCAGUGGUAGGCGCUUUAGACAUAAAGCAGCAAGGCAAAAUAGUUCACCAGCUAGGGGUUCUAACAUAUCAUCAGCAGAAUCAUCACCAGUACGAAGGAAAAAAGAUUCCAUGACAGAUUACAUGACUACAAGAGACUAUGAUCCAAUCGAAACCUAUCUAAGAUUAUCAGAAUGUACUACUGGCCCUAGUCAUCAGAAAAAGGGGAAAAUAGGCAAAUGAAUACUUUCUAUGAUUUUUGUUAUUAAAUUAUAUUUGAAAAUGUUAUUUUGAUAUGUGUGAUUACAAAUUAUACUAAUAUCCUAUGAGAUAUUAAUCUGUAUUAGCAUCACAGAGAGGAUGCCCAUGAGCCUAUGUAUUUAUAUUCAUUUUUUAUAUGUUAUUACUGAUUCAAAUACAAAGUACUAAGUAUUUAUUGAACUAUUUUUUUAUCAUCUACCAAAAUGAAUGAUGAAUCAUUUAGAGAGGCUGUUCUUUUUCAUUUUAGACCAUUCUAAAUAAAGAACUUGAAACAACUGAUCAAAGUCAGAUUUAUUUACAAGUCUAAUGCUGGAAGAUUGUAAGAAAUGUUAUCAAGGGAAUUUUAGCUUUUGUAUUUCUUUUAGUAUUAACUUCUACUGACUUCUAUUUAAAAACAGAAUUGCCCAGGAACAUGAAAUAUCCAAUCAGUUAUACAAUUACGGUUGACUUUAGUUCCAUAGCACAUCAUGUAAAAAAGGUUGGUCAAUUGAUUAUGUUACAGAGCCCAUACUUAAUAAAUGGGUCAUGGUCGAUCAUUAAAAAUUAAUCUUUCUUGGUUCAGAAAUGACUUGGAAAUUAAAGGUAAAAGAUAGUAGUUGCUGCAUACAAUUAUUUCAUGAGAAAGUCUUUAAAAUCAAGGUUAAUUGUCACCAUAUUAUCAUACAUCUAAUCUGGUACAUUAAUGUAAACUUAUCUUUGUAGAAUCAUGAAAUCUUAGCUCAAAACCGAUAAUUCUGAUGAUCACUAACACAGAAAAGCGUAUGUGAGACAGUGUAUUCACAUUGCUCGGAAUAAUACCCGACAUUUGAUGGAAUUCCGUGCUUAUUUUGCUAAUUUCUCAGCAAUUACAUAUUUUCUUCCAGAGCCACUUGGCACAUAUUUUUUAUUCAUACAUACAAACACUUGGGUGGUAAUUUUAUUUUAUUCUGUUCGAACUCAUUUUGAGAUCGUUACCACAACUGGUAUUUAUCUUGAAUUGUAAUGUAACAAUGUACUUUAUAUUGGAAUCUGACACCACAAAAAGUUACUAUGCUGAAAACAUAGAAGGGGUCUUCGGUAUGUUGUUUGUACAGACCUGUUUUUAAACAAAAACAUUGGAAAUAACAUCAUUUCUAUCCAGUUCAAAUGAAAAGAGCAACAGAAAUAUAUCUGUCUAUUUUUGUAUGUCAUAUUUCACUAUAGUGAUGCAAACUAAGAGUAUAAUGUAUCCUAAUGAAAGUGCACAUCUCAACUGCCACAAUAGAUACGUACACACUGCCGCAUCUACUAUUUCCUAGAAUUUGGAAAUUGCUCUAUAUUAUAAUAGUGUAUCCAUGUUUUUAGAAAUUUUGAGAUAACAAAUUCAAUUUGUUAUUGAGAAAAAUUUGAUAGGGAUAUAUUUAUAAAUAAUUGUACAUGAUUAAUCUUUUGCAAAAUGCUUAUUACCAAGCCAACGUGCUUUCUUGGGUAUAACAGUCAGAAAAUUUGUUUGACAUACAUGUGUAUAUUUUAUAAAAUAGUGCAUACUUAUAUAUUGUAUGAAGUCAUGAUGAAAUAUAAAGAGAUGUGAUGCAUUUUAAAAUGUGUUCUGAUGCUAUAUCAGACAGUCAUGUUCUCUUGUAUGUAGAUCUUUAAUGAGUAUGUUUUUGUUUUCUUGUGUGAGGUUAUUUUGCACUGCCAGCCCUCCACAUGUGCUAUUUAAAUACCUUGUAUUGAGAUAAUUUUGAAUCUGAUUGCUGAUUGAUAUGCAGCCAAACUUUGCCAUGACUUCAUAUUUGUGAAAGUCACCCCAGGAGAGAUCCCUUACACCAUACAUACAUUGGGGUAUGAUAAUAUUCGAAUAUCAUCAUUAUUACCACAUGAAAAGUGUUUAGAAUGAACAAGUGGUUUUCAACAUCAAUAUACAUGUAUUUAUGAUACACCUAACAUAUCAUAAACUUGAUAAAAAAUUGUGAAAAUGUUUCUAGAAAUACUAGCAGUCUCAUCUGUUGUAAGACCAUUCUAUAUUAUUGUUUAAAAAGCAGUACCGGUAUUCAGAUAUUCACAAUGUCAUUUUUACAAACUGAGAAAAGUGUUUGAUACCAUUCAAGUACAUAUACUCUGCUUUUCACUUGUUUGCUUUGGAUUACUUUGGUUUCUGGUUACCAUGUGCUUCAACGUUACAGAAUCAUGGCAAAUUUUCCAUGCAUGUUUUAAGAUUACAUAAUAUUUUGUGCUUUAAAAUGUAUGGAAUUGGUAGCAAGCUAAGACUACCUCCAUAUUAAAUUUUAUUGUAUUUAUGUUUGCUCUAAACCUUGGAAACUUCUUUUCCUUUACUUUAUUUUUCUCAAAUUUAUGUUCUCACUCAAAACAAAGGUGCUCACAUGUUUUAAAACAAAUAUUACUGCCAAGUCUGGAAACAAGGUUGCUAUAUUUAGUGCUUCAUCUUUUAUUCAAGAAAUAUUUUUCCCCAACUUCUAAUCUUUGUUAGCUUAUUCAUAUCCUUUGAAAAAUGGUGUUUCAUUAAAUCGUCUGUCCAUAUCUAAGUAAUACCCUACCUUUCUCUUACUGCUAAGCUUAAAUUGAUUUCAUGCCAUUUGACUAGAUUAAUGUUUUGUAAUGGAAGGUGUUGAAUGUGCAACUUUCAUCAGUUUAUUAAAAGUCAUUGGUUUCAUCAUCGUUUCCUUGCUAAAACAAUGUGCUGCUCAAGUAUAGAGUAUAUUAACAUAGACUUUUAUUUAGAGGUACUGGAAUACACAUUUCUUGCUGCAUACAUAACAAGCUGAAGGAGUUUAAUCAUUUUUCUAUUGAUAUCACUUGUAUGCUGUUUUACUCUUGGCCAUCGGUCUUUGUUACCUGAAUAAUUUCAAGACAAUCUCAUAAUUUAAAUGACAAGCAGAAAUGCUCGCUUUUGAUUUUGAUUGUGUAAUCUGUACUUCUGGAUUUUAAACCAAUAUUUACAAGUUGAACUAAAAUGCAACUAUGUACGUAAGAUGAUGUUUGCUGUCACAUACUAAUGUUAACAUUUAAAAUUCAUUUUUAAAAUUAAGAUACUGGUAUGAAAAUUCUGCUUUAACUUAAUUCAGAGAUAUAACAUAUUCUCCUCUUAAAUUCAGUUCAUAAUUAGACAAUUUUUUAUUUGUGGUUUUAGCAGAAUUUAUUGUUAAACUAAGAUUAUUUACGAAGAUUUGUUUUGCAUGAAAAUAUUGUUGCAUUUUAAAUCCUAAAAUACAGUAAAGUUGAGGAUUUUUGAAAUACUUGUUUGUUGGUAAAUACUACUUUAUGAGUUAACUAAUUAUCUAAAUAUGCAAAGCAAUGACUCACUGAAUUAUAUGAAAUGGGGAAAAUACAACUCUUCUUUUAUAUUUAUACUUGCUUAAUUAUUCAUUUAACUAAUGUUUUAUGGGAUGACGUGUAUUCAUAUAUCUAAUCUACAAAUGAUAUUUUGAAAGGAAUCAAGUGUGAGAAACCCCUAAUGUGAUAACUAUCUUAUGUUGAUACAUUAGUUCUAAACAUGAAUAAUAUGAAAUUGUUUUGGUGUUACAGUGCUCUUUAUGCAACUCACAAUCAUAUUUGUUUUUUAAAUUGUUAGCUCUUGAAAACUCAUCUCUGACU